GGGAAGUAUACUAAGGCGGAAGAGAUAAACCGGCGGGCACUAGCGGGGUACGAGAAGGUACUAGGGUUAGAUUAUCUAGAUACAUUAACCAGCGUAAGUAAUCUAGUAUCGUACGGUGAGGCGGAAGAGAUGAACCGGCGAGCCCUAGCGGGGAGGGAGAAGGUGCUAGGGUUAGACUAUCCUUACACGUUAACUAGCGUGGAUAAUCUAGCAUCGGUACUGCGAUAUCAAGGGAAGUACGGUAAGGCGGAAGAGAUAAACCGGCGAGUACUAGCGGAGAGGGAGAAUAUACUAGGGUUAGAUUAUCUAGACACGUUAAUCAGCGUGGGCAAUCUAGCAUUAGUGCUACGAUAUUAAGGGAAGUACGGUGAGGCGGAAGAGAUAAACCGGCGAGCACUAGCGGGGAGGGAGAAUAUACUGGGGUUGGAUUAUCUAGACACGUUAAUUAGCGUAGGUAAUCUAGCAUUAGUGCUGCGAUAUUAAGGGAAGUACGGUGAGGCGGAAGAGAUGAAUCGGCGGGCACUAGCGGGGUACGAGAAGGUACUGGGGUCGGAUCAUCUAGAUACGUUAACUACCAUCUAUUAUCUAGCUGACCUCCUAAGCGCUACCCAGCGUUUUCGCGAGGCUCUUAGUCUUUACGACCGCGCGGUUACAGGAUAUCGUCGGGUUCUUGGUCCGGAAUAUCCCACGACAGUA